AGCCAUUUUCUUUGACUCAAGGCGAAAGAACCAGAACUGGAAAAAAUCAGCUUCUGCAUCCAUGAACAUGAUGAUGCCGGCCGUCCGGGUCCUCGCGAGCCUUCAAGCGGGUUGUGGACGAAGAGCACGCCCGUUAAAGAUGGCCCCUCGUCACGAACACCGAGCGACUUCGUUCUCUUGUUCCUGCAUCGCUCUCGUCCUGCUGUGCACCACGACUCUCGUCCAAAAGAUGAGCGGCAUCUUCGUACUACUCCCCUUUUUAGGCGCCAGAGUAAAGAGCUGCUCACUGCUUGUAGAGGCUGCAAGCAGGCGGCAGAAGCAGGGAUCCCACGCUGCGAAGAUUCCUACUUCUGCCCGUCCACAAAGUUUCGUACUACAGUCUGUGGAGGUGGGCGUGGACCAGUAUGGUGCUGUCCAAGGUGAGGAGACGAAUACUAAAACAGAUAUGGACAUCGACCAAGGGCAGCACGAUCAAGACGAGGAGGAGCAGUCCUCUUACUUUUCCCCUGAAGACGAAGCCACAGCAACGGCAAGUAGAACAAGCAACGAAGGGCUGAAUCAGGGGAACUACAAGCCACGGGCGUACGAACAUAGUUUUCGGCUCAGAACGCCAGUAAAAAGCGGGACCACGUCGGCGGUAAUUGGUGCGACAACAACAUCCUCGUCCGUAUGCAAGAACGAGAUCUGCGAUUUUGUGAGACAGAAAAAUCCCCUCGCAGAGAAACUCCGGGUCGCUAACGCAGAGCUCCUUCUUCCGCGCAAUCAUUAUCUCAACAGUAGUUCAUCAGCGACAGCGACGAAAUCCUCGAAGAUCACCCUGCAGGUCCUUCAGUGGCAAUUGGAUUGUCCAUGCUCACUGGAAGGACGGGGCGGUGGUGAGAAUGGUGGUGACGAGGAUAUGAAAAAUGCAACCAGCAAAGGCCGGGAGUUCUGUUCAACUGGUUCCAUCUCCGGUAUUUUGCGCUCGGCGACUGUUGUAUCCCAGGCAGAUGAUCAUGCAGACGAUGGGGCGAAAAAAGAGGGGGGGGGAGUGACGGCCACCAGAACGGUCAAGCCCAAGUCUUGCGACCCGUGUGCGUGCCGGCGGGAGUGUUCGACCACGACCAGGAAGCUCUCCUGGAGAAAACCAUCAAAAGGGAAGAGCAAUUUUUUGUUGUCGUGGACGAGGUGA